UCUUGACGCCCCCUCCCCUAUACAUCUCCUGCGGCGCGCUCCACUUUUCCACGCCGCCAGCUGCUCCGUCUCUCUCCUGCGUUGCGUGCGCAGGUAAGAAAGGAAUCUGGUCAUGGAGUGGGACAUUUGCUCCGGAGAGGCGCGAGGGGAAGCCUGCCUCUCUCUCUGCGCCCCCCCUCUCUGCGAAAAGAGAGAGUACGGAGACCCAAUCUUACGUCGCCUGCGUCAUCCGGGACUGUUGGUUGAUGCGAUGCAUCCCAUCCCAUCCCAACCCCAGGAGCGAUGCAUCCGUACGCACGCGGUCACGGAUCUGCACGCCCUACGCCCUCCCUAGCCUGUUACCAGCGGUGGCAGGAUAUUACCAGAUGUGUCAGAUGCUUGUUAAAGUAUUACAUUCACGGUGCAACAAGUGAGAUCCGGUGAACAUUCAUGUGGCACUUGCAAAGCUCCAUUGGAACGAACUUCCUUACCAAACCAGAUGAGUAUUCGGUGAGUAAGAGCAUCUACAACCACACACACCAAUUUGAGCCCCCCAAACGUCGGCGGAUGUGUCCGGGUGCCAGUCAUACCGAGCAUUUGGGCUGGGUUUGCUGGGUCCGGUUGGGUGCCAUUUUCCUGUUCUGGCAGUGACCGGGCAGGCCGCCCGUACGUUUAGGGUGGUACGGGGCUCCAUUUGUAGAUGCUUUAAUGACAGCCGGCUAAAAUAUAAUAUGAAAACUUUGUCAAAACUAUAUUUGCACGGCUCCUGAAUUUUUGUCAAGUUGAUGUCAUUAUUUGCAUGUUUUUUCCAAAGAAAAACUAGCACUCAUAUAUACGAUUUGUUUAGAGUUUUUAACUUAACCAAUUUUUCUUGGAUAUGCUGAAGGCAAUGGGGAGCUAGUGGGAGCCGAGAACACUUGAUGAAAUCCUCUAAUUAGUACCACAUUGUUUAAUAGAAAUUAGUAGGGGUCUUUAUUUGGCAACUGCUUAGACUUAAUUCUUGUCAUUUGGUCCUCCAUUUUUUCUUAGUUCCGUUCAUGUGCUCCUAUGCGUUACUAGUUCAUAUUUGGCUUUGCUACUUUGUGAUGAAGUAUAUCUACAAAUUUCACUUGAGCAAUGAUGCAGAUUUCAUAUCUUUGAUACUAUCUUCAAGGGGGAAGUGCACGUGGAAGUUGAACAAAGGUUUGUCUUCGGCGCCAACAAAUGCAGCUAAAUCACCAAGCAGUUUACCGGUGCUGAGAAGUCCAUCCUUGGGCACUACAUUUGUUGCACCAUUCUCGCCUACUGUGGUCGGUAGCAUACCAAGCCGCUGUAAAAGCAGUGUACUCUCUUUGCUGAAGAAUGCUGGUUCCUCUGCUACACUGGGGUCACAGAUGAGACACCGAUUUUGUACCUUGGCUGGAGACCAGUCAGUCACAAAUUCAGGUGACGACGAUGAUAGCAAAUUUCAGCGUGGUGAUGUUCAAGCUUUGCGCAAGAGGAUUGUAGAGGAAACCAGUCAUACAACUGCUAAGGUCCUUGAUUUUCAGACUAGGUACAAGAACUAUCUUAGGCCCCAGCUUGUGUCGCGGUGUUUAAUUAGCCCUUGUCCUAUCAAUGAUCGAUGGAUGGUAUUUUUGCACUGUCAGACGUUUAAAAUUUGUGGGCAUAAUCCUAGUUAUCUGAGUUGCUUCGACAUUAUGUGUUACGAGCAUGGCUGCAAAGAUGGCGAAUGGGAGCUGUUUCUGAACCACCUACUUGACAAGAAAGUUUAUGUCAUCGAGGAUUGGGAUUCAUCAUAUUCCACGAUCGAGACCUUGAUGUAUUAUUACGGAAUUAGGCAGCUGGAUGAUGGGACUGGGGAACAAUUCUUCAAAGGAGAAUGUGACGCUUCAUUUGAUAGUGUCACUAACACAGCAAGCUUCUCUUACAUAAUCUGGAAAGAUGAUCAAAUUGUUUAUUCAGAGAACAACAGCGGAAGUCCUAACUGGCGAGCAUCCAAUCAAUAG